AAACUUAUCGAUCUAAACGAUACGAAGAAAUGAAAGUGUACUCGUGUCUGUGAUCAGUGUCGGUGUGAACUGACACUGUUAGUACCAUGUUAAAUUGAUCUAAAAACAUGGUACUGCGUCUUUUAGUGUUCUUCCGCUGAAGAUAUGACGCUUUGCGUGGCGCUCACGUGCUGAUCAACGUAGUGAACCUCUGUCACUGAUAUUUUAGAUCUUUUUUUAACUGUGCAAUGGAGUCUCUGUCAGGGAAUUAUAUUUCUCAGCUGAACGAGUACCAGCAGAAGACACAGUGCGCCGUGGAGUAUGAGGAGGGAUCCACAGAUGGACCGAGUCACAACAAAACGUUCACUAUGAGGGCUAUAGUUAAUGGACAGCGGUAUCCUGAAGGCAAUAGGAAAACCAAAAAACAGCCAAAAACAAACUCUACCAAAAAAAAAACACACCAAAUAAAAAACACCCAAAAAAAAAAACCGACAACUUCAUCUGUUCAAAACGCUCUCAACAAUAUGACUGUAUCUCAGAGGAAUUAUACUUGCUGGCUCAAUGAACAUUCACAGAAGAGCAAGUUAUGUUUCAAGGCUCAUGAGUCCACUAAGAUGGAUCCAAGAAACACUACUCAAUUGUAUACUUAUGUUUGUAAGUAUGUUUGCGGUGAUAGAGAGUUUCCUGAGGCUUGUGGAAAUAAUAAGAGGGAUGCUAAAGAAAUAGCGGCAAAAUGUGUUUAUGAAGAGCUACUCAAAACACAAGAGGCUAGCCUGGACCGUGCCAGUUUGGGUUUAGCUGAUGAAUCUCGAAGCACCACGCCUGACAACAACUUCAUAGCACUUCUCAAUAACUACAGCCAGAAACAUAAACAUGUGCUUGAUUUCAAUUUAGUGGAGAGACGAGGCCCUGCUCACAACCCUGAGUUUGUGUAUAAAGUUGUCAUAAACGGGAAGGAAUACCCUGAAGGACAAGGAAAGAGCGCAAAGGAGGCGAAGCAACAUGCUGCUCAGCGCGCUUGGAGCGAAAUUAAUGAGCAUUCUGGAUGGACCACACAGAGUUCUGGAAAUGACAGCUCCUCACAAACUCAAGAGACAUCUGAAUCUCCGGAUGCACAGCACUCUUCAAAAAGCUCUUCUGAAAGUCCCAGCUCAAGUUCUUUCAUCGUCUUCAAAGACUCAUCUGCUGUCAGUUCUCCUAUGGCCAUAAGUCCCAGUGUGAGUCCACUGGAUGUGAAGCCGAAAAUAAAAUUAGCACCAAAUUUUCAUCUGUCACCAAAUGGUCUGGCCGGGAGUAGAGAGGUGGGUCCUAACAUGAAUGUACAAAAACCAGCAAAGCCAUCUGGAGGUCAAACUUCAAACCAAGCUACAAAGUCAAGGUUUUUAGAAGACUUUGAUUCAAUAAAUCCAAUUGGCAAAGGUGGCUUCGGCCGUGUUUUCAAGGCAAGACGAAAGCUUGAGAACACACAUUAUGCUGUGAAGAUAGUGAAGAGUACAAAAAAAGCUCGUCGUGAGGUCGGUGCUUUGGCUAAGUUUAAUAACGCCAACAUCGUCCGCUACUACUCAUGUUGGGUGGAGGACACGGCGUACAGACACGAGUCUUCAGAGAGCUACAGCCAUUCAGAUUCUGGCAGUGACCCGGGAACAAAAUACCUCUACAUUCAGAUGGAGUUUUGUGAGGGAGACACGCUUCGUGCCUGGAUUGAUAAAAGAAACUCUUCUAAUGUUCGUGACCCAGAGAGGAGGACGGACGCAGCACAGAUCAACAGGCAGGUGCUGAAGGCCGUGGAGUACAUCCACAAAGAGGGCUUGAUCCACAGAGACCUGAAGCCUUUGAACAUAAUGUUCAGCAGUGAGGGAACAGUAAAGGUUGGAGACUUCGGCCUCGUGACCGCAGCAGAAACUGACAAUGACGUGCAACUUCUGGAACGGACUAAAGGGACAGGAACCCGUAUUUACAUGAGCCCGGAGCAGGCGAAUCAAACAUCGUAUGACAGAAAGGUGGAUAUAUAUGCUCUGGGUCUCAUUUAUUUCGAACUCAUCUGGAAUCUCUUCACGUUGCAUGAAAGGAAAAAGAUUUGGGACGAUAUAAGAAGUAGGGAUUUUCCACCACAGUUUUCCAAGAAAUGUAACUUUGAGCACAAGCUUAUAGAUCAAAUGCUGAGACCCCGUCCUGAAGAGAGACCAGACGCCUCGGAGCUGAUCAGAGAGCUGGACCGAUAUACUAACAUCCUGAAUGCAGAUAAAGACAACAAAACCAUUUAAUGAGAUCUCAUCUCUUAUAUAUGCCUUUAUAAUAAUAGCAGUUGCUUAUACUGUAACAUAUAAGGUGAAGCAUUUGGCAGAAGCUUCCAUAAAGCAAUUAAAAGGUUCACAUGGCAAGUGUGCAAUUCUAGAAACAAGGGGACGAAGGGGAAGUUGAUGUAAAACAAUGACAAUUUUGUCAUCAGUUACUCAUCUGUGGAAAAUGUUGAAUGCCUGCUGUGUUCUGUAGAACACAAACGAAAGAAAAACAGAAGUGUAAAAAGGUAUAAAGUGAGUUUAUCUUGUGUCUAACACGUCUCUGUUCUCUCUGAUCAUGCUGUUGUAUUACUUUAAUUCAGUCUGCAUGUUUACAUGAAUUAUCAUGUCAAGAAUCAAAGGAUGACAAAUACAACUGAGUGUUGAUCCACUCAGUUUUUAUUUACAUGAAUUUCCUUUGGAACAGAAGUUGAAUCCAUUAGCUGUCAGUCUUUAUUGUGAACCGGUCUGUAUUGCACAGUAUUCUGAAACAAUAAAUCAUGAGCUUUCAACCUUG